GGCAUGAGAUUUGAGACAUUUAAGUGUAGUCUUCAUACAUGAGGCACACAUACGCCCUUUUAUUCGGAAUGUUUUCCAAUUAUUCCUUACAGAAAAAACAUAUAAAGGCACGGUGAUGCUCCGCGUCGCGACGGCGCCGCCCGCCCCCUCCGCCGCCGACGACGCAGCCGCGGCCGCGGACGCCGAGGAGGAAGAGGGGGAGAAGGAGGCGUGCCUGCGGAGCUUGCCGAGGCCGGAGUCCGGGCGCGGCCCGGCCACCGUGUCGUCUCACAGCUGGUCGAGGAGCCCCAUGCACCGAUGCACGUACGUGACCUGCGCGUUCAACGUGAAGCGUGUGUUUUGCCUAAUGCUUAGAGAGACCCUCUUCCUCUGUUUCUUUGGUUCUUGCUUCGAUGUUAUUUGUUCUUGGGUGAGUGAAGGGUUGCUCUGCCCUUGAGGCGAGGUGCGCAGAGUUCUUCC